AUGGAAAUAGUCGACGAUUCCAUCGAAACGACAGGUAUACGCAACAGGAAGCCCGUAACCAUGCAGCACCCCAAGGCUGACGUUGACGACGAUUGCAAACCGACCGCAAACGAUGCCAAACGCCGUUCGAAAAACGAAAGACUUGACACAGACGACGAACCCUCGAAAGUGCACGGCGAUGGCUUUGAAGCUGCCUACCAAAGCAGUGCGAUUAAUCGGGAAGAGGGUGACGAUGAGCGGUUCAGCUUUUCCGUGAACGUGCGCCUAAACGGUGCCUCCAUCGGGCUGCUGCUGCUAUCGUUCGUAACCCGAUUCUAUCGGAUCACGCACCCGGGAGGCGUUGUUUUCGACGAGAUUCACUUUGGCAAGUUCGUGUCGCUGUACCUCAAAAACACGUUUUACUUCGAUCAACAUCCACCACUCGGGAAGCUGCUGAUCGCGGGGGCAGCCGGGGCCGUAGGUUACAGCGGCAACUUCGAGUUCCCGAAAAUUGGCAGCGAGUACGAUGCGUCGGUUCCCAUUUUUGCGCUCCGCUUCGUGCCGGCCCUUUGUGGCAGUCUGCUGGCGCCGAUCGUAUACUCGAUCCUGCGGCAGGUGAAGCUCGGUCAAGGAAUAAGUAUUUUGGGCGGACUGCUCAUUAUUUUCGAUAAUGCUCUACUGACGCACUCGCGCUUCAUUCUGAUGGAGUCGAUGCUGCUGUUCUUCGCAGCGCUCGGCAUCCUGAUGGUCCUCAAGUUCGUCCAAGCCCAACCCUUCAGCGGGCGCUGGUGGGCGCUGGGAGCACUGGCAGCAAGCUGUCUUACCGCGGCUGUCCUAGUGAAGUUUGUCGGGUUCUACAGUUAUCUGCUGGCGGUGUAUAUAAUGGGACGCCACGUGUGGAUGGAGUUACCCGAUCGAAGGCGCUCCAGCGCACCCCGGCUGGUGCUGAAGGUGGUGGCCAGCAUCGUCCUGAUGGUCAGCGUGUCCAUCGCCGUCUACCUGGCCUGUUUCUAUGUGCACUUUGCGACACUGUACAAGGCGGGCCCACACGACAACGUGAUGACCAGUGCGUUUCAGGCCUCGCUGGAGGGGGGCCUGGCGUCGAUAACGAAAGGUCAACCGCUGCGGAUCCAACACGGUUCGCAGGUGACUCUGAAGCACACACACGGUCGGGUUUGCUGGCUGCACUCGCACACGCACGUCUACCCGGUCAAGUACGCGGACGGGCGGGGCUCGAGCCACCAGCAGCAGGUGACGUGCUACGGGUUCAAGGACGUGAACAACUGGUGGAUUGUGAAGCGCCCCACCCGGGACAGCCUGAUGGUGGAGGACGAACCGGAUUACAUCGAGGACGGCGACGUGGUGCAGCUGGUGCACGGGGUCACGAGCCGGGCGCUCAACUCGCACGACGUUGCCUCGCCAAUGUCACCGCUCUGCCAGGAGGUGGCCUGCUACAUCGACUACAACAUCUCGAUGCCGGCGAACCUGCUCUGGAAGGUGGAGCUACUGAACGCCAAGGAGUCCAGCGGCAAGUGGCACGCCAUCACGUCGCAGGUCCGGCUGGUACACGUGAACACGACGGCGGCGCUCAAGUUUACAGGCGACCAGCUGCCGGACUGGGGCUUCAAUCAGUUCGAGGUGGCGGCCGAUCGGCGCCAGUACACCAUCGACACCAUCUGGAACGUCGAGGAGCACCGCUACACGCAGCACAAGGACAAGAAGGACGUGCUGAGCAAACUGCUCGCGACCGAAAUGAUACCGACCGAGCCGACACGGGUAUCGUUCUGGAGUAAGCUCUACGAGCUGCAGCUCAAGAUGCUGCUCCACUCGGACAAGGUCGAGAGCCACAUGUAUUCGUCCGAGCCGCAUGAGUGGCCCCUGCUGGACAAGGGGAUCGCGUACUGGAUCGACGGUGCAUCGAACGCCCAGGUUCACCUGCUCGGCAACCUGGUGCUCUGGUACUCGGCCACACUCGCGAUCGUGCUCUACGUGGCAUUCCUGGUGUUCUACCUGGUACGCCGCCGGCGCCAGUGCUUCGAUCUCGAGCCGACCGAGUGGGACCGGUUCCGGGCCGGGGGCGAGAUCUUCCUCGCUGGCUACCUCAUACACUACCUACCGUACUUCUUCGUCGAGCGCACGCUCUUCCUGUACAACUACCUGCCGGCGCUGCUGUUCAAGGUGUUGCUGCUUUGCUUCGUGAUCGACCACUGUCAGCGGGUGUUGCAGAAGUUUGUCGACCGCCGGUCACCGGUUGUGUCGACGAUAUUUCGCGCGAUCCUCACGGUGUGGUUCGCCGGCCUGCUGUACUUUUUCCGCCGGUACAGUGUGCUCAGCUACGGUACGACCGCGCUGUCGGCCGACGAUGUGCUUGAGCUGCGGCUGAAGGACACCUGGGAUUUGAUCGUCCACAAGCCGUAGCGUGCGCCGGUACUGCGUAAG